UUUCAAACAGCAAACGUCUCUGCAAACUCCUCCACCUCCUCUCGCAGCGGGGCAGACUUGAGACAAACAACGACAACAAAAGCCUCCCAGUGAAUAAUGACUUCCCCAAACCACACACCCCUCUCCUUCUCCCCCACUGCGUGCUGGAGCUGGCAGGGCCGGGCCGGGCCGCGCCACCACCGAAGCAGCCAGCUCCGCCCCCGAUUGCCAUGCUGCUGCAACUACUACUCUUCCCGUGCGCGUAGGAGGGACAGGCCCGUUCAGGCCGCACCCCUGCUGGGUCCAUAGAGCUGCGGCUCCGGGCUGAGCUUUCCUCUGCCUCGCCGAACUUCGGGCUGCAGCAGCAGCAGAUUCAGCGUCUGUCUUGGAAAUGGUACCAACGUGGGCCCCGGCUGUUGGUUUCACACUCUUGCCCCAUGCAGGAGGGUUUUUGGGAGGCAUGAUAACAAAGAGAGAGAUCCCUAUAUGGUAUGAAUCUCUUGAAAAGCCAUCCUGGCGGCCACCUAACUGGAUGUUUGGCCCUGUCUGGGGAACUCUGUAUACAUCAAUGGGAUAUGGUUCUUACCUGGUAUGGAAGGAGUUAGGAGGUUUCAAUGAAGAGUCAAUGGUUCCACUUGGGCUGUAUGCAGGGCAGCUGGCAUUAAACUGGUCAUGGACUCCCAUGUUCUUUGGAGCUCACAAAAUAGGAUGGGGGUUGGUCAAUCUCCUACUCACUAGUGGUGCAGCAACAGCUACAACUGUCACCUGGUACCAUGUCAACAAGAAAGCGGCAUACUUGAUGUUCCCUUAUUUAGCUUGGUUAACUUUGGCUUCUGUGCUCAAUUACCGCAUCUGGAAGGACAAUAAAAACAAGAAGCAAUCUUAAUACAGAGCCUUCUGGAAGAGAAUAUCAAGGCAGAAGAUUUUUUUUAUGCAUUUCCCAAAUAAAAUUACAAUCCUGUUUUACUGUUGCAUUAAGUACUUGCUGUAUUAGACAGUUAAAAAUAGGUCACAUCUAAAUACAGUCAGAGUGGUGUUCAUUUCAACAUUCAAAUGCUGGUUUACUACACAAUCCGAAUGGAAUGUGUGCACUAGUGAAUUUAGUAGCACAGUAAAUGAAGUGGUUUAAUCUGCAUGCUCUCCUAUUGCCCGUGCGGUUGAUUACAUAUAAAAAAAGAAUGUAAUGGAUAGCAUUUUUAACUACUACUGGCAAUUAAUGUGAAUUGGGGGCUGAUUAUGUCCAGAAACUAAAGUCCAUUAAUGACUUUCAGAAGAUGGUUCCUCACAUUAAUUUACUCACUAGGGGCCUGAUCCUUCAGCCAUAUACCACUUGGCAUAGUGCUUAUUCUUGUCAGCUGUUAUACUGACUUCAGUGUCUUGUCUUCAAAGCGCUGUGCCUAGAAAUGUUUACGAUUAGGAGGAAGAAUUCCCAUACUUGCACAUAUAAACUUUAAGGACAUAGUAUACUUUGCAGACUGGACCAUUAUAGUUGAGAGGUAGGGGAAGGUUUCAAACAUAUUAAACAAUAAGUAACUUACUAUUCUUACAGUAUGAUUUUUUUAAAGGGCUAAAGCCAAAAGGAUGCUGCAACCUAGAAGAAAGCUGCCUCCCCGCUCCAUUUCCUUGCCACUACAACUAGUGUAAUUUACUUGGCUAAAAAAAAUAGACAACAUCAAAUCCAGAGCACACAGUCAGGAACUGAUGACAGCACCCAAAGAGUAUCCAAUGAGCACCGAAGGUUGGGGGGGGCGGGAAAAUCACAAAAAGAGAAAUUAAUGCCUUUAACCUGCUCUGCUUGGAACCUGGAUGCUUCACUAGCAGACUGCUAGUAUUCUCAGCUAUUAUCAGAGCAAGCUGCCUCCCCUGGAGGGAUGUCUGGCUGCUGGUGGCCCCAAUUAAAUACACAGGCAUCUUAUGACCAUCCUGCUAAAAUACUUACCUAGGUACCUGAUUAUCUGUUCCUCCUUUAGCUGCUUGGAGACAGGUACAAGAUGUUUCUGCUGCUUCAAGAUUAGUGUUGCAGCCUUAAACCAGAAGACACUGAGUUGUAAAUGGCUGAACUAGAAACAGGAACUUUUUGUACAAGGUACCUGGGACAGGAAGUUUUACCUUUCCUCUAUUGCUAGCACAUUACUAUUACUUUUA